AUUUGAGUGCAGCUAGUGGGCGGUGGCGGCGUUGUUGUUGUGGUAAGCGCUAACGUGGAGUAUGGCGGGUGAUGGGGACGGUAGCAGUGGAGCAGCAGGCAGCAGCGGCGGGCCGAUGAUUUCAGAGGAGCCAGAAUCGGGGUUCGGUGUCGUCGGGAUGCUGGCGAAUGCCAGUGUUUUACUGGUAGUGGUGGCUGUUUGCUAUGGCAUAUACAGGCGGUGGGGAAAACGGGUCGGUUUGAUUGCAGACCAAGGCAAAGAGGCCGCGAAUCUUCCGAAGAUGAAGAGGCGAGAUUUCACUCUGGAGCAUUUGAGGGAGUACGAUGGCGUUCAGAACCCCCGAAUCUUAAUGGCAGUUAAUAUGAAGGUCUUUGAUGUCACCAGCGGCAAGAGAUUUUAUGGGCAAGAUGGCCCCUAUGGAAUCUUCGCUGGAAGAGAUGGGUCUAGGGGCUUGGCGACCUUCUGCCUUGAUAAAGAUGCACUGCGAGAUGAAUAUGAUGACCUCUCUGAUUUAAAUGCUGUGCAGAUGGAGAGUGUACGGGAAUGGGAGAUGCAGUUUUUGGAGAAGUACGACUAUGUUGGCCGGCUUCUGAAACCAGGGGACGAGCCCUCAGAAUACACAGAUGAGGAGGACGUCAAGGAUCACAUUAAACACGACUGAACUGUUUAAUCAAACCAAAGCCAGGGCCUUCGAGGGCUGCAGACCCUGCUGUUCCUCCUCUGUCACAGGAUCACAAGCAGCCCAGGCUCUGUCCUGUAGUGGCAGAGGAUUCAAAACAUAUUUUGUACAAAGAAAAAAAAACAUGAUGUAUACUCCUGUGGGGAUUUUAACGAUUCAGCAUGUCCAAUUUGUGCUGCUUUUUUCAGUUGUCAUUGUAACGUCAAGCAAAAGGUUAUUUGGUUAUGGGGUGGGACUCUGGGAAGGGGUUUUGUGAAAGAGCUGUCUUUCAUUUCUCAUUACGUGUUCACAACCAAUCAGAUGUUGCUCAAGUUUAGUAAGUUUCUGAAGCAUAUGGGUCUUGAUAAAAAGCCCAGACAAAAAAAAAAAAAAAAAGUUUAGGGGCCUUUUUAAAAUAAGUAAAUAAAUGUCUCUGUUUGCUUUAAGAGGGAGCGUAGCAAACAGUACCAUGCUGUUGAUUCUGUUUUUGCUGUUUUGUAGUUUGCACUACUCGAUUUCCAGUUUUUCCCCAUGUGAUUGUACUGCGGAGUUCAGUGGUCCAUUGAACUACGUUGAAUCUCUGAUUUGAAAAGGGAAAGUCACUGGGCGGGCUUCAUUUUAGAAGGGUAUCCAGUUAUUUGCCAGUGAAGUUUAUACAACUGUGUUUACAUGCCGCAAAAGUCAACUGUAAGUCUAUAUUCUCCCCAAAUGGUCAAUAUGAAUUGUGCCUUAUUUCAGUUGUUUUCUAUUUGAACAGAUUUAAAAGACAACAUAUAAUACCCCAGUUCUAUUAAUUUUACAACAUAUAAUACACCAGUUAUAUUAAUCUUACAACAUAUAAUACCCCAGUUAUCUUCAUCUUACAGCCACUUCCUUACAGUACCCUCAGACUUAAAGGCAUGCCGUUGUCAGCCUGAAGCGUUAAGCCGACUGGAAAUCUUUUCCUAUGAGCUUGUAUAUAGACUUUGCAAAAUAUACUCAGUGUUACUGCCAUAUUCAUGUAGGUGAUGGAAAUGAUAUACUACUGUGUGUUGUAAUGGCCAAAUGCCCCAUGCUUUGUUAUUAUUAUUAUUAUUGUCAUGAUUUGUGUGUUGUUUUUUUUUUGCUGAAGCUAUUUUUAAGUGUCGAGGCGGGGGUAAAAAAAAAAGGAAGAAUAUUCUUGUCGGUGAUGAGUAGGCGAAACUCGGGAAGGAAACCUUGCAGAUUGUGUAAAUAUAUAUGUACGUUUUAUUAAAGCAUGUACAACAAAGAAAGCGAUACUGAAUUCAGACUUGAUAUAGUGGUGUGGAAUGUGUGGCAGAGAGCAGAUGGACAUGUUCAUGCAUAAUAAACAAUUUGGUUAUUAACUGAUGUGUGGGUUGUAUAUCUAAAUUAAACCAGUGGUGCUUCUGAAGCAUUUCAUUUUAGAUAUUGAGAUGAUGCUUAUACAAACCUAACACGCGACACACACAUUUCAUGAAAUAUCUGCAAACUGAAUUAAGGAAAUGUUUUGCCACAAUUUAUAGAAAUAACUGUAUUUCAAAAUACUUUUCAAGAAUAAGUAACAAGCUCAGGUGUGCAUAAGCUUGGUGUCAAUAAUCUGGCCUCUAAAUUACCGUUAAAUAGUCUGGAAAUUUCCACAGGUAGAAAACAUAACAGUAGCACCUAAAACUUGAAAGAGUGAUCAAUUGUAAUACAGUCAAACCUGUCAGUGCUUUUCAAAGGGAUGAGAAAAAGCAUUGCUUUUGAGCAGCUGCAACUUCAUUUCAGUAAGUUUGGUAAGCAGCAUUUUUAAUAAAAACAAAUUAAAAUAUUUA